GCGAGCGGACAGCAGCAGAGAGAAGCAUGAUUCCCAUCGUGUUGGUGAUCCUCCUGGUUCCACGCGUGUUGUUCUCCACGACGCAUGUGGCGGUGAUCUCCCCCCAGGACCCCUUUCUGCUGAUUGGCUCCAGUCUAACGGCCACGUGCACGCUGAGCCCCGAGCUCGGCGUGCACGCCAGCACUUUAUACUGGACGCUGAACGGAGCGCGCGUGUCCAGCAGCGCCUACAGUGUGGUGUCCCCCAGCGUCCUCGGCGUCACCCUUCACGGCCUCAGUGGAUCCCAGCAGCGGUCCGGAGACAACCUGGUGUGCCACGGAGCGAACGGACACGUCCUGGCUGGAUCCUGCCUUUACGUGGGCAUGCCUCCCGAGAAGCCCGUAAAUCUAACUUGUUGGUCCCGAAACACGAAGGACUUGAGCUGCAGCUGGAGCCUGGGUGGUCAGGGCGAGACCCACGUCCCGACCAAAUACACCCUCAAGUACAAACUGAGAUGGCACGGCAAAGAGAAGGAGUGUGAAAAUUACAGUACGGGAAACGAGCGUUACUCCUGCUACAUCCCCCGCAACAUCGCCCUCUUCACUCCGUACGAGAUCUGGGUGGAAGCAACCAAUCAGCUGGGCUCUGCUACCUCUGACAUCACCACCCUGGACAUCCUCGAUGUAGUGACCACAGACCCUCCCGCCAACGUGCAGGUCAAUCGCGUCGGCGAGCUCGAGGACCAGCUGACGGUCCGCUGGGCCAUCCCCCCCGAGCUCAAGGACAUCCUGUUUCAGGCCAAAUAUCAGAUACGCUACCGACUGGAGGACAGCGCUGACUGGAAGUUGGUGGAUGAUGUCGGCAAUCUGACAUCGUGCCGCCUCGCAGGCCUCCAGCCUGGGACCGUCUAUUUUGUCCAGGUGAGGUGCAACCCAGUGGGCAUCUUUGGCUCGAGGAAGGCCGGCAUUUGGAGCGACUGGAGCCAUCCGACCGCCGCCUCCACGCCCAGCAGUGAGCAGCUGCAGAGCGGCUCGUGCGACCCUAAGAGCGGCGAGCAGAACUCCACGCUGCGGCGGGAACUCAAGCAGUUCUUCGGCUGGGUCCGCAAGCACGCCUACGGCUGCGGCGGCAUGUCGAUGAAACUGUACGAUCAGUGGAGGGUGUGGCUGCAGAAAUCGCAGAAAACGCGCAAGCAGGUAGGUAAGCUCGGCUGUGUCCGCGGCCCCAGCUGAAUGUCUGACCCUGCCUUUGCUUCAUCAUAUGGUCGGCAUCUUUGCAAACACAAAGGGGAAGGAUUUCUCUUGAACUUGCUCUGUGAAGUUUCAGUCUGUACUUUAUGAUCGAGUAAAAUGUGCGGUUUAGACUUUACAGGCCCAGAGGUGGA